CUCGCCUGUUCUGCAGGGCUGAAAAGACGCCAAGGUCGCGGGAGUGCCCUUGCAAGACAAACCCAGGCCGCUUGAUUGAUUCGCGUAUAGCAGCCGCUUCCGGCAGUACAGCACUCAGUUCCAAACGGGUCUAAGGCCGCUAGAAUGCCUCAUGUUCAGCAGUGGAGAUUCUACGCCCGACGUGCCACCAACCGCUGAAUCCGGAGUCUGGGCAUCUGCGUCUCGAGCCACAUUCGCCCUCCGUCUUGUUCAAUCUUAAUAAUUCGCCUUGGGGAAGCAGCCUAUUUUUAGACCCGGUGACGUGUUAUUGGCAAAUGAUGAGGGCAGAUGAGCAUCAUUGCCUGACAGGAAUGGCAACGAUAUACGGGCGCUGACUGCGCCGUUAAUUCCUGCCAACUUUUUUAUCCUCGUCGGUGCGACGCACCAUUACAUCUACUCGCCCGUCAACAAUCCACCCGCGAUGGCUUCUCAAAAAGUGAGCCUGGACAAGCAUUCAGACAUCGAGCUUCUCGUCGGCGCAAACGACGACGGGCCCGCGACGUCAUUUCAGUGCUGCUCCCGCACGCUGGCACGCUCAUCACCAGUAUUCAGCCGCAUCCUGUACGGGAGUUCUGCUGAAGAUAUUAAUCAGAUGGGUAGAACGGGAGAGCGGCUUCUGAAACUACCCCACGAUGACCCCGUCCCCUUUGCGAUUUUUCUCAACAUCAUCCACGGGCACUUCGACCGGAUUCCGAGAGACACGUCCGUCAAGACGCUGUAUGAUCUCAUUACGUUAACCAACUACCACGACGCCACUCGGACGUUAGCUCCUUGGGCUGAUUCUUGGAUAGCAUCUAUCAGCCAGCUAUCGAACCACGAUAGGAGAUCCGUGUUUCAGAUACUCUGCAUCUCUUGGGAGCUCCGAUGCACAAGAGGAUUCGCAGAAACUGCACAAUACAUCUUGAUACACUCCAGCAAAUCAGGGUUGGCAAGUAUCCCUGAUGACGGCGGCUUAAAGAUUCCCCCAGAUAUUAUUGAACGCAUCCGGGCAAUACGCCUCCAAACCAUUCAGCAAUUAUUGGGCACAAUCGAAGAUGCCGUGAGUGGGUUGAUUGUUGUCGAAGAGAAGCCUCGCUGGAGUCCAAACUCAAGAUGGAUAGAAUCUCGCAGGUGCGAAUCAAUCGUAUUAGGCUCACUGAUGUUUGCUCUCAUGGGAGCAGGACUCUGGCCUCUCCCAGACGCCCACGAUAUCCAAGAGAGCCUCGCUGAGCUACGAGCCAAAAUUGCAGGCCUCGUCUUCUACGACAUCGGCCCGGAUGUGGGCGAGGUCGACGUGGACUACGCUGCAUGCAACCCAGGGCCCGGGAUACUGGACAAGAUCGGCAAGAUCAUGGCUGAGACGGCGGAUCCCGUUAGUAGUUUUCACAGAGAACAUUUGAAUAAACAAGAGUAACUUUAAAAA